CAAACGCAUCAAAUCACUAGCUCACCACCAUGACGACCAAGGCCACCACCCUUCUCCUCCUCCUCGCCGCCGCCGCCGCCGCGGCGCUCCUCUGCCACGUCCACGUCGCCGUCGCCGUCGCCGCCGCCGACCCGGAGCCGUGCGACCCGUCGGAUAUCACCAUCGCGACGGUGAAGACCGGGCGGGUCGUCGGCGGCCUGCCGGAGUUCCAGGUGACGAUCGGCAACGAGUGCUCGUGCCCGGAGGGGGACGUCGUGCUGUCCUGCCUCGACGGCGUGCCCGCCGGCAUCGACCGGAGCAAGAUCCACGCCGCCGGCAGCGACGGGCUCUGCCUCGUCAACGACGGCCUGCAGAUCGUGAAGGGGUCGCCGGUGGUGUUCACGUACGCCGCCAGCGCGCCCAUCAGCCUCGCCUUCAACGCCGCCUCGCCGCGGUGCCAACCUUGAGUUUGGCUGUAGGCCUACCAUUGUUUGCACCAUCUUCCAUCUAAACGUUCUUCUUUUUAUAUAUCUGGAUGCGUGCUGAUCAUUGUUAAUUCUCUCUGGUCACAAAUACUUGCAUCGGACA